GGUUUACCCCGCAUUGCAGCAGCCACGGCUCCCUCGCUCGCUCGCACCUCUUUACUCCAACACUCCCACUCGACACAUCUUCUCCUUUGACUCAUCACUUCAAACACUUCUCUACCAGACGGCACAAUGAGCACUUCCACAGAAUCGACCAACAUCGCAGCCGUGCUCCAUGGCGCCAAGGACCUUCGCAUUGAAGAGAGACAAAGAACAGCACCAGGUCCUGGAGAGGUACAGAUUCGCAUUCGUGCCACAGGCUUGUGUGGAAGUGAUGCACAUUACUUUGCUCAUGGGCGGAAUGGAUCCUUUGCGCUGCAAGCUCCCAUGGCGCUAGGGCACGAGAGUGCGGGAGAAAUCGUUGCAAUCGGCUCAGAGGUUCCGACAGGAAGUAAUCUGACUGUCGGCGCCCGGGUAGCCGUAGAGGCGGGAAUUCAGUGUAGAAGUUGCGACCGCUGCAAGGAGGGCAGAUACAAUCUCUGCUCCGGCAUGAGAUUCGCAAGCUCUGCCAAGACCUUUCCGCACCUCGACGGCACCCUUCAAAAGUACCUCAACUGGCCUUACUGGGCUGUGCACCUACUCCCAUCUGACGUCUCCUUCCGCUCAGCAGCCCUCGUGGAACCUCUGGCCGUGGUAUUGCAAGGGUUCCGCCGAGCUAACCUCAAGGCUGGGGAGUCUGUCCUGAUCACUGGAGCGGGCGCAGUCGGCCUUCUGGCAUGUGCGGCUGCAAAGGCUCUGGGUGCAAGAUAUGUAGCAGCGGUAGACAUCGAUGCCAAUCGCCUGAAGUUUGCCGUGGACAAUGGUUGGGCAGACGAGACAUACCUGCUGCCGCGCGGGGCCCCUGCUGCGAGCGGUAGUGUAGAGACCGAUGCACGCUUGAGAAGAAUGCAGGAGGAUGAGCAAACAAUCGCCGCUGCUCAGGCUACAGCAGCAAGUCUUUUGGACGCCUUCAAGAUCCCAACCGCGGCAAGCACAGGUGAAGUGAAUGGCUCUGCUGCACCUCCGAGCGCAGGAUUCGACGCCGUCUUCGAAUGCUCUGGUGUGCCUUCCUGCGUCCAAGCUGGUAUCUUUGCUGCCAGGGCUGGUGGAAGGAUCGUGCUCAUUGGUAUGGGGACUCCUGUACAGACAUUGCCAAUUGGCGCUGCUGCCCUGAGAGAGGUCGACAUUCUAGGAGUCUUCCGAUAUGCCGGCAUCUAUACCGGCGCCAUUCAGAUGCUCUCGCCAGGUGGCUCUCUGGCGGCUGGGUCAAGCAAGAGAGGCAGUAUCGAGAGUGUCAUUUCGCAUACCUUUCCGCUUGCGAAUGCUGUCGAGGCUUUCCAGACGUUUGCAAAGGGCAAGGGCGAGGAUGGUAGACCGGUGGUCAAGAUCUUCAUUGAGGACAUGUAAACAGUCGCAUACUUUGGCGACAGUGACGCGCUACGUGCUACAAUAGACGAGUAUCUCACAUUCUGCUUGAUCGAAUUCUUUCACGGCUCUCCUUCAGUAUCGUACAGAUCCUACUACAUCCUCUCGCCUUUUGCCUUCC